GGGGCGCACAGAGGACAGGAUGCCAACAGCAAAACCGCAGCGACGUCUCUCUGCCUUGGGGCUCAGAGCAGAUGGCCGGGACCUCCCGCUAACGCCUGCCGCAACCCAAGGAGGAGACAAAAGUCACCUCCCGGGCUGCAACAUUAACCGUCAUCAGCGCGCCUCUUCAGCGCACUGCGCCAACCCUGCGGCAGGAGGAGGCGGAGCCCCCGCUCUUGCCCCGCCCCCACCUCACGUGACACACACGGCGCCUCGAGGCCGGAAGCGGUUGCGAGCCAGCGCGCGCGCUUCGACGUUCCCGGCGGUCUACGAAGUUUCCGGAGCCCCGGUCCCGCCGCGGGUUCGCGCUUGUGCUCGCGCUCGUUCCCGGAGACGGCGGCCGCUGCGCGCGCUCGUUGCCCAACCCGGUCCCCGCCCCCAGACACUCCGGGCUCUCGGGGCACCACAGCCAUGUGCUCGUUAGCGUCAGGCACUACCGGCGGCCGGGGCGCUGUGGAGGAUGAGGAGGACCUGCCAGAACUGUCGGACAGCGGGGACGAGGCCGCCUGGGAGGAUGAGGACGAUGCAGAUCUCCCCCACGACAAGCAGCAGACCCCCUGCCUGUUCUGUAACAGGUUAUUCACAUCUGCUGAAGAAACGUUUUCACACUGUAAGUCUGAGCAUCAAUUUAAUAUUGACAGCAUGGUUCAUAAACAUGGACUUGAAUUUUAUGGCUACAUUAAGCUAAUAAAUUUUAUUAGACUUAAGAAUCCUACAGUUGAGUACAUGAAUUCCAUAUACAACCCAGUGCCUUGGGAGAAAGAAGAGUAUUUGAAGCCAGUAUUAGAAGAUGACCUUUUACUUCAAUUUGAUGUAGAAGAUCUUUAUGAACCAGUGUCAGUACCCUUCUCAUACCCCAAUGGACUCAGUGAAAAUACAUCUGUUGUUGAAAAAUUGAAACAUAUGGAAGCCAGGGCACUGUCUGCUGAAGCCGCAUUGGCUAGAGCACGUGAGGAUCUGCAAAAAAUGAAACAAUUUGCUCAGGAUUUUGUGAUGCACGCAGAUGUCAGAACCUGCUCAUCAUCUACUAGUGUCAUUGCGGACCUCCAGGAGGAUGAGGAUGGUGUUUAUUUCAGCUCAUACGGGCAUUAUGGGAUACAUGAAGAAAUGCUAAAGGACAAAAUACGAACAGAAAGCUACCGAGAUUUCAUAUACCAAAAUCCACAUAUCUUCAAAGACAAGGUAGUUUUGGAUGUUGGGUGUGGAACUGGAAUUCUCUCUAUGUUUGCUGCUAAAGCUGGGGCGAAGAAGGUUCUUGGAGUUGAUCAAUCUGAAAUACUUUACCAGGCAAUGGAUAUUAUAAGACUAAAUAAACUUGAAGAUACUAUUACACUAAUUAAAGGAAAGAUUGAAGAAGUUCAUCUUCCUGUAGAAAAAGUAGAUGUUAUCAUAUCUGAGUGGAUGGGCUAUUUUCUUCUGUUUGAGUCUAUGUUAGAUUCUGUCCUUUAUGCAAAGAACAAAUACUUGGCAAAAGGAGGCUCGGUCUACCCUGACAUUUGCACUAUCAGCCUAGUAGCAGUGAGUGAUGUGAAUAAACAUGCUGAUAGAAUUGCUUUUUGGGAUGAUGUCUAUGGCUUCAAGAUGUCCUGCAUGAAGAAAGCAGUUAUUCCAGAGGCUGUUGUGGAAGUUUUAGAUCCGAAGACUCUUAUUUCAGAACCUUGUGGUAUUAAGCAUAUAGAUUGCCAUACAACGUCUAUCUCAGAUUUGGAGUUUUCAUCAGAUUUUACCCUGAAAAUCACAAAGACAUCCAUGUGCACGGCAAUUGCUGGCUACUUUGAUAUAUAUUUUGAGAAGAAUUGCCACAACAGGGUCGUGUUCUCUACGGGCCCUCAGAGCACCAAAACACACUGGAAACAAACAGUAUUUCUACUGGAAAAACCAUUUUCAGUUAAAGCAGACAGCCGAUAUCUUCAGGAUAAAAUACAAACUCCUUACCAUGGCCCUUUGCAGUCUGACUCUGGUUUUUCAUCAUUUCCAACCCCAUCCUUUCACAACCCCAGGUCAUCUAGUGUCCAUAUUUGGAUGGCCAGUUUUGCCAACUCCGGUGUUACCAGAAAUUUCAUCAUACUAUUGCACUUGAGCAGGUGAAGCCUUGAAAGGAAAGGUCACAGUUCAGAAGAAUAAGAAAGAUCCACGUUCUCUCACCGUGACCCUCACAUUGAAUAAUUCAACUCAAACUUAUGGUCUCCAGUGAAAAAGCCAUAAAAGCACACUACCUUGUAGUUUUUAAUGUGAGGGUAGAGUGGGUCAGCAGGAGGAAGCUGGUUUUAUGUGAGCAGAUGGAUGGAUGAUGGACCCUUUCCUAAUGAGCCUCCUCAAUAAGAGAGAAGUUCUUAUUGUGGGAAUCUGACAUAGUUCAGCUGAGGAAGAGAAUCAGCUGAUCCUCGUGAUCUGCCACGUAAUCAUUUUCUUAGAAGUUUGCUCCACCAGAUUUAACCAAAUGUAACUCCCACAUUGAGUUUAUCUGUAUUGAAAAUCAUUUACAUUGGCCUGUAUUUGGAAGAGAGAUAGUCUUUUGUUUUUAGUAAGCUUCUUACUAUAAAUUUUAAACAAAUUGGUUAGUUAUUUGGAUAUUUUAUUAAACUGGUAACACAGGUAGUACACAUUUUAUUAUGGACUCCUCUGAGGAGGAGUUUUUAAUUGUAUUUGCUAGAAAAUCAGGAUGUAAUAAAGAUUAGUGUAAAAAAACUAAAAUAUGGAAAAGAGCUUCAGCCUUCAUAUACAAAUCAUAUAUGCAGACAGCCUAGUUGAUUGUCCUAUCUAGCAUACUUAAGUUUCUCAUUUUGUAGUUUCUUCCCUCUGUAACUAUUCCUUAGCCUUAUAGAUUUCUAGUACUGCCCAGGAAAUCUAAUUUCAAUACAUUUAUCCUAGGUUUCAUGACAGUUUUUAAAGAUUGGGAUAAAUAUGUACUUAUUUACUAAUGUAUUAUCUUUUUCAAACCAGAUUUAUAUGCAAAGGUUAAACAUGUAACUGUUACUAUACUUAGCACUCUAUAAAGUUGUCAUUUACAAUUACUGAUUCAAUUUGAAAUGUAGAAUGAAAAAGUUUUAAUAAAAUGUAUCAAACAACUUACAAAA